GCCAGCCGAUGAACAAGUCGGCCGUGUACAACCAAUUCAUUACUGUUACUGAUCGUCAUGGCGAACAGAACCAAUUCCCAUUGUGGUACGUCGACACUCUGAUAGUGGAUGCCGUCGUUCAUGGCAUCAUUCCAGGGGUCCAAUUCGGCGCCAGUCUGAUCCUCUUUCUCGUACUGGUUCUUCUCUCCAAGCACGACAAGCGACGCUCGCCGGUCUUCAUAUUCAACACGGCUGCCUUGUUCUUCAACAUCAUCUACGCCCUGUUGCAAUGUUGCAUCGUGACGAGCAGUUGGUGGGACAUUUAUCCCGUCCUCGUGGGCGACUACGGUGUGGUGACGCCAGCAGCUCAACGUCUGACGACGGCUGUGGUCUUCGUCGCGCUCGUUGCUUUGUGCAUCGAGGUCUCGUUGGUCCUGCAAGUUCAUGUGGUCAGCAUCACGCUGCGGAUGUGGCAGAAGCUGUCUAUCCUGGCAGUCUCCUCGUUCGUUGCCGUCGUGGCUAUGGGCUUUCGUAUCGCCCAGUCAGUGGUCUCGGUCAGAUGUAACAACAAAGCAGAUGCAUUCUGCAGCAGCACGACCUGGCUCGCAAAGGCAAAAGACAUCAGCUUGACACUGAGCAUCUGCUUCUUCAGCGCAAUCUUUUGCGCCAAACUGGGAUUGUCACUUCGCGAACGUCGCAAGCUUGGCAUGAAACAGUUUGGCAGCAUGCAAAUCAUCUUCAUCGGAGGAUUCCAGACCAUGUUCAUUCCUGGUAUGCAUUCUCUCNCAAUCUUCUCGCUCGUUCAAUUCAUCAAUGCGGAGAACAUCCCCAAUGUCGGCACAAACAUCCUGACGGCGACUUGUAUCUCGCUGCCACUGACGUCUAUUUGGGCCGCCUCCCACGCUUCCUCGCCUUCANAGGCCGCCCGUGGAAACGACUUUCAUCGCAAGUUCCUAGUCGACUCAAGCACUGCCGACUCCACUCUUCGCAAGCCGAGCGACGCACCUCAGUGGUCGCCAUCUCAAACAACAUCACAACCAAGCGCAAGAGAAAGGCUGGGUGUGCUGAACAGUGUUGACAGUAGGUCUGAUACCAGCAGCUGGACCAAGUACAGCCCAGGCCCAAGACCUACGAUCGGGGUGAAGNAUGUUGACCGUGAUCUGGAGAUGCAGGAAUUGAAAGAGGGGGAU